AAUCUCCAAGUGCAUAUAGAACCGGCUAUCUCCACUACUUCCAGUGGGCGAUAGCUGCGGCUGAUAUCAUAGUUCGUUCUUGGCUUCUUCCCCUCUAGAAUCUGAAAACACAGAUAACAUCUCUAAAAACAACCUUUCGUUUUUGUAUGGUCACAGCAUAAAUGGCAGCAUCCGUUUUCACAAGGACCUUUUUGGGUCACCGUUUGGUUCACUUUUCGUUCCCCCUCUCCUCAAAACCCCAGAUUUUCACGACCCUUUUCAGUGUUUUGGUGGCGAUUCUUUGCCUCGAGUGGAGUAGGGUAUUGUGCUAUGAUUGUGGAGGGGUUUUGGGUUUUCCACCAAUUGAGGGAUGCGUGAAGAAACCUUUUCCCUCACUGGUUGAGCCUGCCUAUGCUGCAUAUAAGAUGCCUGCUUACCCAGUUAUGUCUUCGUCAAUAACUGGGAUGAGAGCUAGUUUCUCAACUCAGUCUCUGUCUACUAAUGACCCUGUUGUUUCUGUUGAUUGGCUCCAUUCUAACCUUAGGGAGCCUGAUAUGAAGGUACUGGAUGCAUCCUGGUACAUGCCAGAUGAGCAGAGGAAUCCCAUUCAAGAAUAUCAGGUGGCUCACAUUCCUGGUGCGCUUUUCUUUGAUGUAGAUGGAAUUACAGAUCGAACUACAAAGCUGCCGCAUAUGUUGCCAUCUGAGGAAGCUUUUGCAGCUGCUGUGUCUGCUCUUGGCAUCCAAAAUAAAGAUGGGGUGGUUGUUUAUGAUGGGAAAGGAAUAUUCAGUGCAGCACGUGUCUGGUGGAUGUUCCGAGUCUUUGGGCAUGACCGAGUCUGGGUCCUAGAUGGGGGGCUGCCAAGAUGGCGUGCAUCAGGGUAUGAUGUUGAAUCUAGUGCUUCUGGUGAUGCUAUUCUUAAAGCCAGUGCUGCCAGUGAGGCAAUAGAGAAAGUCUACCAGGGACAAGCAGUUGGGCCAAUUACAUUCCAGACGAAAUUUCAGCCACAUCUCAUAUGGACACUAGAUCAGAUCAGACAAAACAUUGAGGGAAAAACUCACCAACAUAUAGAUGCCCGUUCAAAGGCCAGAUUUGAUGGCACUGCUUCAGAACCUCGUAAGGGAAUAAGAUGUGGUCAUGUACCUGGCAGCAAGUGUAUUCCUUUUCCCAAGAUGUUGGAUGCUUCACUGGCGCUUUUGCCAGCAGAUGAGCUUAAGAAACAAUUUGAACAGGAAGGUAUCUCAUUAGAUAGCCCAGUUGUGACUUCAUGUGGCACUGGUGUAACUGCUUGCAUUCUGGCAUUGGGACUCCAUCGACUUGGGAAGGCUGAUGUUGCAGUCUAUGAUGGAUCCUGGACUGAAUGGGGAGCGCAUCCGGACACACCCGUCGACGCUUGUUCAUAAAUCUUGACAUUGUCAAAAAAUCUUGCUAGUUCAAUACUUUUUUGUGACAAGAGUUUGUAUCUAAAACAUCGGAGUCUUAUUUACCAUUUUUGAGUGGCAACGUGUUUACUUUGGAAAUAUGCCAUCCUUACCUCUUCCUCGGAGAAUAUUGUUUUAAAUUGGAUCUCUGCGCUGGGGGAGGUAAAAGCAGCAAAAUACGCAUGAAGUUAGAGGGGUGAUCUUGUCUUUGUCUUCCACGCCAAUCAAAACUAAUUUAUAUU